CCCCGGGCUUGGUGAACCAUCUAGUCUGCACCCGCGCCCCGGGUGGGCGAAGCGCGGGAGGAGGGAAGCACUCCAGAGAGCCACUGGGCCAUUGGAGACCAACAGUGGGAUGACCCGAGAUCCUUGAGCUUCAGAUGUGAUGUUGUUCAAGGGGGCUUGCUGGCUCUCCAGCUGGGACUGCUGCCAGCGGCUUCCAGGAGGAAGAGGUGGAGGCAGUGUUCUUCACAGGCACCAUCCUUCGGUCCGAGCCACUGAUGGAUGCAGAGAGUUAGGGAUGGACCAUGGGGAAGAAGGCUCCCAGGCAGGUACGAAGAAGAAGGACCUGAAGCCCAAGGCUUCCCUGCCCAGCAGGGACUCCUUAGAGCCUCCAUACCCUCUGCCACCUGAGCUCCAGCCUCCUACAAACUGCUGUAUGAGUGGCUGCCCCAACUGCGUCUGGGUAGCUUAUGCAGAGGUUCUGCUACGGCACUACCAGGAUGGUGGGGAGCGGGCCCUGGCUGCCCUGGAGGAGCAUGUGACUGACGAGAACCUCAAGGCUUUCAUCAGGAUGGAGAUCCGGCUCCGCACACAGGGUGGAGGCUGAACCAGCCUGCCUUCCCCCACCCCGCCCCAGAUAUCUCACCAUGGGCAAAUGCCACUUCACAGCUCCUGUUCAAGAAGCAGAAGAAAUGUUCUUAUGCGUGAGUCUGGAAGGCUCCAUAUGCCUAAUGGGAAUAGGAGGAAUUGUUUAAGAACUACUUCAGAAUAAAUUCUCCCUGAUGGCUUACA